AUUCACGUUUAACCCGCAAGUGUCCGCAGUUCGAGUUCUAAAAUGAUAUUUGAUGAAGUUCGAGUGAUAGACGAUACCGAGGACAACUUCACUUACAUCGAAAAAAUCAUUAAAAGCAACGAACAGGAAGAUGCCUUUUACGUUUUAGACGUAGGCGAUGUCGCAAAACAGCACAGAAAAUGGCUAUCAACAAUACCCAGGGUGGAACCUCACUUUGCAAUAAAAUGCAACCCUAAUGAAACGGUGAUCAAGACAUUGGCUGCCCUCAAUGCUGGUUUCGAUUGUGCUUCAAAGGAAGAAAUCAGUCAGGUUUUAUCAGCUGGAGUGUCGGCCGAUCGCAUCAUCUUUGCUAAUACAAUGAAACAGAAUUCACACAUCAAGUACGCUAGGAUGGUAGGAGUGACCAACCUUACCGUCGACAGCGAAGGGGAAUUGUACAAAAUGAAGAACUUGUUUCCCGAGGCAAACAUUAUUAUCCGUUUCCGGUGCGAUGCGUCUGUAGCCGAGAUAGAACUGGGUUCCAAAAGUGGCUGCGAUCCAGGCAUCGAAGCACCAAAGCUAGUAAGAAAAACCAGAGAGCUUGGGCUGAAUCUUCAUGGGUUCAGUUUCCAUGUGGGAAGUGACUGCGGUGAACCGAUGGCUUAUGGCCGAGGAAUCGGUAUCGCUCAAAAUUUGAUCAAGUAUGCAGAGUCACAGGGUUUCCAAAAUGUCAAGCUACUCGAUAUUGGAGGAGGAUUUCCAGGCGCCGAUAAGUCGAUCGACGAGAUUGCCGAGAUUAUCAACCAGGCCUUGGAAGGGCUGGAUCCGUCGAUAAGAGUAAUUAGCGAGCCAGGGAGGUAUUACGUUGCGUCAGCAUUCACCCUCGCCUCCUUCGUGUUCGGUAAAAAAACCAUCAUCGAGGGAGAUGAGACCCGAAACAUGUACUGGAUGAACGACGGAAACUUCGGAUCAUUCAUCGACCAUCUAUUGGAAAUCAAAACUAACAUACCGAUUUCUUUGAAUAAGCCGGUAAGUGAAAAGAAGUAUUUGUCAACCAUUUGGGGACCAACGCUCGACCCUUUUGACUGCGUAAUUCGUGAUUAUUGGUUUCCCGAACUUGAGAUCGGUGAUUGGUUAGUAUGGCCAAACAUGGGUGCCUACACUCUUUCUUUAGCAGGAACGUUCAACGGAAUCCUUCCGCCGGCUGUAUUUCCCUUCAUCAAGAGGGAAGCGUUGAACUUGUUAGUCUUGGAACAAAAGAUACAUCCGAAAAUUGGAUCUCUUCUCGGAACUGAAGGGAAACACUGGGAUCAACAAUCAAAAAGUACAUCACUGACAAUAAUCUAAUGAUGGCAGCCAAGCAUCUGUAGGUUAUGUGGAAACGAAACACCGUUAUUCUUACCCGCCAGUAAC